AUGGCCUUCAUGGAUAGGACAUAUACGGAAGAUCAAGUUACCUCGAAUCCUCAAAGUUCCAUUUUUUCUGGAAGUCAGCAAAUAGAGGAUCUUGUGCAGGACGGUUUGGAAGCUCAAGAAGCUAAAGUUAAGAAGCCAGUAUCAAAUGGCACGCAGCAGACACAUAGGGUCAAGCCCCCUCCUUGUAUUAGAAACCCAUAUCUCAGUGAUGCGUUAGAUCCUUUUGGAAAUCAAAGGUUCAAAUGUGCCGGUAUGUCUAUAUUCCCUGAGCUGGUCCCACGUUUCCACACCGAUUUCGUAGAAAUUGAGCAAAUUGGCGCUGGUCACUUCGGCCAUGUUUAUAAAGUUUUAAACAGAAUAGAUGGUUGCUUGUAUGCUGUGAAGCAAGUCACCAGGCCAAUGUGUCAAGACUCGGAAAGGAGAAAAGCCUUGAUGGAAGUACAAUCUCUGGCAGCUUUAGGCUCUCAUGAGAACAUUGUUGGAUAUUACUCUUCUUGGUUCGAAAAUGAGCAUCUUUACAUUCAGAUGGAGCUCUGUCAUUCCAACUUGUCUAGUCAGAAGUCUUCACGUUUUACUGAAUGUGAUGCAUUGACAUUUCUACAUCAGCUUGCGAAAGUAUUGCUUUUUAUGCAUGACAGAGGAAUUGCCCACCUUGAUGUUAAGCCAGAUAAUAUUUACUUCAAGAAUGGUGUAUACAAGCUCGGUGAUUUUGGUUGUGCGACUCUCCUUAACAACAGCCUACCCAUUCAGGAGGGCGAUACACGGUACAUGCCUCACGAGAUCCUUAAUGAGAACUUCGAUCAUCUUGAUCUUGACAAGGUUGAUAUUUUUGCCUUGGGAGCUUCUGUAUAUGAGCUUGUGACAGGGUUGACUUUGAUGAAAUCGGGGCCUCAGUUUCUGAGUCUUAGAGAGGGAAAUCUGCCUCUUCCCCCUGGCCAUUCACUGCCUUUCCAGAAUUUGCUGAAGGUCAUGAUGGAUACGGAUCCAACUGCACGGCCAUCCGCCAAAGAACUGUUGGCAAAUCCAAUUUUUGAUAUGAUUCGGACAAAUCGAAAGACCUGAGUCAAGACAGUAAUCCAAUUCCAACUAUGAACACGAAUAACUAGCAGCAGGUGCUGAAUGUAUUAGUGACCAUUUGCAUGAAUUUUACUUCAAAGGUAUCAGGCCGAUUUUGCUUCUUAUUCUUUGGCUGUAUGUACACCAAUUUUGUGCUGUAAGGGUGUUGGAUCGGUAAAUGGAAACCGCAGGAAAAAGGUGUUGUAAGCCCAACGCUAAGGGAAAAUAUGCCGUGUAAUGGAGAAACCAUGUUCAUCUUCG